GAGUUACCUUGACGGGCUUUGCCGACCAUAGAUCUGAGCGGGAGUUUCUUUUGUACUUAUUUACUGCGGGAACGGGAGAAGGCGGCUUGGUUAGCAAGAGGUCUGCGAAAAUUCAAACGUCGAGAGAUCGCGAGAGAGGGGGCGGACGCACGACAGCGCUCGGCGACGCUCUCGGAGCUGAACCUCCGUCGCCGCCAUGGCCACCGUUCUCGACUCUCAUUUCCUAGCUCUCACCGCAAUCGUCACUGCUGUGUACCAGUCGCUGUUCUUCGUCGUGACCGCUCUUCUCAAGUUCGAUAAGGUCACCGAUUUCGCCGGAAGCACCAAUUUUGUUAUCAUCGCUCUGUUGACCCUGAUUCUCAGGGGGACUUGGCAUUUCAGACAGGUGGUCCUGACAGUUCUUGUAUUAAUCUGGGGUCUCCGACUGGGUCUCUUUCUGUUAAUGAGAAUUCUGAAGUGGGGGGAAGAUAGGCGUUUUGAUGAGAUGCGCAGCAAUUUGGGGAAAUUGGCGAUUUUCUGGAUUUUCCAGGCUGUCUGGGUUUGGACAGUUAGUUUACCAGUAACUGUGGUGAAUGCAAGCAACAGAGAUCCACCUCUCCAAGCUCAGGACAUAGUUGGGUGGAUUAUGUGGUUUCUGGGUUUUUCGGUCGAAGCAGUAGCUGACCAGCAGAAAUUGAACUUCAAAAAUUCUCCUGAAAAUCGAGGGAAGUGGUGCAAUAUUGGACUCUGGAGUUAUUCUCGGCAUCCAAACUAUUUUGGAGAGAUUUUACUAUGGUGGGGAAUCUUUGUGGCUUCCACCCCUGUACUUGAAGGUUCUGAGUGGCUUGUAAUUUUUGGGCCAAUCUUCCUCACGUUGUUACUUCUGUUUGUCAGUGGCAUUCCUUUACUUGAGGAAUCGGCGGACAAGAAAUAUGGAAAUGUGGCUUCAUACAGGACAUAUAAAAGAACAACUAGCCCUCUCAUUCUGCUUCCUCCAUCAGUUUAUGGGAACCUGCCUCUAUGGGUCAAAACAAGCUUUCUCUUUGAGUUUCCUUUGUACAGUCGGAAUCUUCCUGACGAAGGCGUGAACUGGUAUAGAGAAGUUGGCCAGAAGAAGCGGCGUGACUGAGGAUGGGUCAGCGUGAUGCAGUCUUUGGAGCGGUGAUAUCCAUCUCUGCUAGAUUUAGGUACUUACGUUGAUGUCUUUGACAUUUGUGACAAACAAAGGGGCCUUUAAGUAAUGUUCAUCAUCUCUGUAGCUUCUAUUCGUGUUCAUCCCGGUCAAUCCUGUUUCUCAUUCUCUGUGGUGCCGACCGAGAUUGUCGACACUAAUCUUUGUUGUCCGCUAGUUCUUGCCUACCCCAACCGCAAUAGAUUUUAUGUUGGCUACCGUCUGUUGGAGUCAGGUUGUCCUGACAAAUUUGUUGCCGUCGCAUGUGGCAAAUUAUGCUCGAUAUUUUGUUGGUAGCCCAAAACCUGAAAGAACGUCAAACUUGUGACUGCUACUAUGGAAGAGGGAAAGAUGUGAAGAUCGUUGCUGCUGCCGUUUCAGGGUCCUAAUCUUGGUUGGAAUUUGCAAAGAUGCCAGGAUAGGUGAUGCUGGAUUUACUAUAAUUAUAUAAAAUUUAAUAUACUAAGUGACGGGGCUUUUCGUAAGUGGGUAU